AUGAUUUUUGGAGCAGCCACUGGAGCGCUCAAAGCUCCACUGACACAAGGUGACACAGUGACGCAAGGAUCAGCAAUAAAACUCAGCCAAAAGUACCACCGUAAGUACCACCGUAAGUACCACCGUAAGUACCACCGUAAGUACCACUGUAAGUACCACCGUAAGUACCACCGUAAGUACCACCGUAAGUACCACCGUAAGUACCACCGUAAGUACCACCGUAAGUACCACCGUAAGUACCACCGUAAGUACCACCGUAAGUACCACCGUAAGUACCACCGUAAGUACCACCGUAAGUACCACCGUAAGUACCACCGUAAGUACCACCGUAAGUACCACCGUAAGUACCACCGUAAGUACCACCGUAAGUACCACUGUAAGUACCACCGUAAGUACCACUGUAAGUACCUAGAAGUACCACUGUAA